AUUUAAAAAAACAUAAGAGAAGAAAGAAAAACUCUUCAUGGCGUGCAUUUUGCUUAAAAUUACCCAAAACCACAACAAACGAAAUUAACAAUUGCGUUUAAACUAAACUAAGCUCUGACAAUAAUUACUAAAAAAAUAUACAUAAAAAUACAAAACGGCAACAUUACAACAUUGUAAAAAACGAAAGACGAAAGAUAAGCAACAAAAUUGCAUCGUUGUCGCAUCGUUAUGAGGGCAAUUGGUGGGCCUAAUCAACUUUAUCAAAUCUCAACUCUAAUUACCUUGGCCACCUUCAUCUCUGCCGUUGCCAGCGUCUUUGCCCCGAUCCCAUCAACCAGCGAUGACUCCAUUCACAUUAAAUUGCGUCGCCAGAGAAGUUUACUGUGGCAUGGCAUUGAGCUGGAUGAGAACAAGCUGCCAGACCUUUUAAUGGACCAUGAGAGAGCUUUGAUCUUUGGCCUAAGAUCAGCCAAGGAAGAAGCGCCCGAAUUCAAAUUGGUGCACUGGGCACAGCAUGAAAAGAAGACCAAGAAGGCGGUGGAGAAGCAGCAACAGCAGAGGCCAAAACGAAGGCAUUCACGCAGUAUUUCAGUGCAAGCAACCAAUGUGGAUGUAGAUGAUGCUAAUGAUGAUGAUGAUGAUCAUCAUCAACACACUGGAGGAGCCGACAACGUCGAUGAAAUGUCGAAGGGAAAACAAAGCGAGGGGGAUGACGAUGUGGAGGCCAAGCUGCAGCUUCAACAGUCACCGCAGCUAAUUGACGAUGCCUUCAUCUUUAUUAGAAGUACGCCAAAUGGUACAGAAUUUGUGGAGCAUUCAUCAGAAUUGUUAAAGCAGCUGGAAAAGUGUUUCUAUCGUGGUCCAUCGGCGGCUGUCAAUUUGUGUGAAACGGGCAGUGUGCAUGGCGUCUUCCAGCAGAAUGCCAGUGAUUUUGUGAUCCAUCCACUGCCCAAUCGAUUUGGUGCUGGCCUCCAUGUGAUCUACCAAGCACGAUCUCUGCCGAAUAGCAACAACAAUAAUGUAACGCCUGAAGAUAUUCCCGUGCAAUUUGAACCCGAUCUAGAGGAAUUCAAUGAACCGAGACAAAGUCGUCGACGAUCUCAUAUGCAAACGAAAGUUCAAGGUCUACGCUUGAGAUUUCAACCGAGGCAUCAUCAUGGAGCACAGCAUCGGCGACGUCGUCGUCGUUACAUAGGGCCACCACCGCGACGUUGGCCUGUGCCGGAGGAUCUUAAUAUUGAGACGGCCAUCUUUACGGACAGUCAUCUUUAUAGGCAUAUGGAGAGGAAUUUCGGUAACAAAGAUGCGGAAAGCAAGCUCAUACAGUAUGUACUGACUAUACUGAACGGAGUGCAAUUGCUCUAUCAUCAUGCCACAUUGGGUAGACGAAUUAAUUUCGUACUAAAACGUUUGGACGUUUGGAAAUACUCGAAUCCACCCGAUUUAGAACUCUCUCGGGAUGUGGACACAUAUUUGAAUAAUUUCUGCAAAUGGCAAGAGAAAUUUAAUCCAGAAUCAAAUAACAAUAUAUUGCAUUAUGAUCAUGCUUUGCUAUUGACCGGUUUGGAUCUUCUGACAAUAGGCAAAAAUGGCCAGGAAAUGAGUCAAGUUGUGGGCUUGGCUCCCGUUUCGGGAAUGUGUACAGCGACGUCGUCAUGUACGGUGAAUGAGGGCAAGAAUUUUGAUAGCGUUUUUGUGGUAGCUCAUGAAAUUGGACAUAAUCUGGGUUUACGUCACGAUAGCCAAGAGAAUCAAUGUGAUUCUUCCAUGCAUAUAAUGUCACCGACCUUGGGACGUGGUAAAGUCACUUGGUCAAAGUGUUCCAGGGAUUAUUUAGAGCAAUUUUUAACAUUACCUCAAGCAGAUUGUUUAUUUCAAAGAGGCAAUUUAAAGGGUCAUUUGGAUCAUACAGCUAGUGGCAAGUUGCCAGGUGAAAUCUUUGAUGCCAAUCAGCAAUGCAUGUUAAAGUAUGGCAAGGGCUCGGAAAGGGCCACUCAACAGAGUCGAUCACAAAUCUGUCUUGAUUUGCAUUGCCAAAUUGAACGUUUUACAAAAACCUCGCAUCCAGCCUUGGAGGGCACGGAAUGUGGCGAUAAUAUGUGGUGUCGUGGUGGUAUUUGUGUAUUUCGACGGAAUCCACAACAUUCAAGCGGCUUCAAUUCGCUGAGUCAACUGAGUGCAGCGUCCUCGGCGGCUGUGGGUGCUGGCAAGGGUUCGCCGAGUCAUGACAAGGCCAGUUUUAUGGAAUCUAGCACAAGUAUGAGUCAACUUUUGCAUAUGCGUAACGAUUUGCCAGGCAUCUCCUCUUGGAGUUCUUGGAGCGAACCGGGUGCCUGUGAAUCUGGUUGCCUUUACGGACCAUCACAGCGUUUGCGUGAGGGUAGCACGGGUUUGCGUACAUUUAGCCGAAGUUGUCUCAACUAUCAUCAUCGUUGCAUGGGUCGGGAUCGACGCUUUGAGAGUUGCAUAGCCAAGAAUUGCUAUCAUGUUCCAGUGCAAACAAUCAAAACGUAUGCCUCACAGGUUUGCCAGAAGGCAAGAAAAUCCGACAGUGAACUAACUGGCGAGGGUCAACAGUUGGUAUCAACUGUCGAGGAAUCGUGUAAGGUGUUUUGUCUAACGAAAAACAAUAAUACCAAAUCACGUCGCUGGAUUUUUCCCGAUGGCACAACAUGUCGUACCAAGUAUCAUACACAAAAUGAUAUUGGCUAUUGCAUCGCUGGACGUUGUGAGAUCUUUUCAUGUGACAAUUCGACAACGAAUUUCUUUAAAAUGGAUAAUACAUUCUGUGAGGAUCGCUUUCCCCGCAAAGAGGAGUCCAAACAGCAGUCCACCUAUAAAAGAUAUGCGGACAGGCAAAUUGGUAUAACGCCCAGGAAUCGAAAUGAGAAUGAAGUAACCUUUCCUGUUAGUUAUCCCAGAAAAUCAUCGUAUGACAAAUAUAAAAAUCACAUAGAAAGAACAUCUCCGCCGGCAUCUCCACCUCCACCUCCCAUGCCGGCGCCAGCUUCAUUGGUUUCAUUGGAACGGCAGAAGCAUGAUUCGGAAUGGCUGAUCAAAUCUGGUUGCCAUUCCAAUUGUAUGACCGACUCGAAGGGCAUUCAAGUGGUCAGUUCACGGUAUACUGGAGCUCAGAGCUUUCAACUGUGUUCUCAUAAGUUUAAACCAUGUGAAACUUUGCAAACUGCCGCCGAAUAUGCUGAACAAACCUGUGCCCGCUACAAGAUGAAAGUGCGUGGUCUAUCUGGCCAUGGAGCACAAAUCUCGGCCAGCAUAGAGGAACCCGAUCGUAGUUGUCGUGUCGGCUGUCAGGAUGAGUUUAUCAAGUAUCGAUAUUUUUUGGUCAAUGGAAAUAGUGGACAUUUUCCUCUCGGUACGCGUUGCUCGCAAGUUCAUCGCAGAUAUUGUGUCUAUGGCAAAUGUUUGGAAUUCGGUGAGGAUAAUUUACCAUUGCAACAAUCGCAUAUAAGUCUGGCUUUGUUGCGAAGUCGCCGAGAUACGCGGACGAGAAAAAAACGCAGUUUUCUCUACUACGAACCCGUCAAUAUAACAGAGACCAUUACACAAGAUUUUCUCAAUAGCAUUGUGAGUAAUCUUAUGGACAUUGAAAGAGAACCAAUUGAACUUUCACCUGAUAACAUCGAAUUUACCCAACCCAUACACAUCUCCAUGGACGAACUGAAUAGCCACAAUAAUUAUAAUAAUAAUUAUAGCUGAUAGGUGGGGGGAAAGCCAAACUCAAAGAUAUCUCCCCCCAUCCACUGCUCUCCUGCUCUCUAAAAUAGUGCUCUAAGUCUAUGUAGCUAACUUAUUCUUUAAGCUUUACGAACAUUUCAACAAACAAUUAUCAUUAGCGCCUAAGGCAAUAAAUACAAAUAUUUAAACAAUUA